AUGGCGUUUUUUGGGAAACUCGUUGCUCCCGAUCAAGAGAAGAAGCGAUCAAAGCCAUUGCAACUCCUUCCGGUCAACAAUACACAGAUUUUACAGCGAUUUGAGAAGACCCUGGUGGGAAGAGUCCUGAAUCUCGAGGCACAAGAGAACAAGGUCAAAGCAGUGAUCGGAUUCUUACCAACGAUCUGGAAAUGCGAGGGCCGGGUUCAGGGAGUUGAAAUGGGGAGAGGAAGAUUUCACUUCCGCUUCAAGGAGGAAGCAGAUCUCCAAGCAGUACUGGAUAAUCGCCCUUAUCACUUCGAUGGGUGGAUGAAUGCUAUCGAAAGAUGGGUGCCAACAGUGCGAAUGGAUUUUCCAUCUUCCAUCCCAUUCUGGAUCCGAAUCCUGGAUCUGCCAGAGAUUUACAAUGAAGAGAAGCAAUUGGUGAGGAUUGGAGAAGAUCUUGGGGAGCUUCUCAAUUGGAAGGUGAUGGAGCCGUAUCCAAUGAUCCAAGUGAUGGUGGAAUGCGAUGCACCGCUAAUCCUGUUUUGGGAGAUAGUAUCGGAGACCGAAGAGCUUUUCCGAAUCCGCUUCGACUAUGUCAAGCUGCAGAACCAUUGUAAGGUGUGUUUCCGGAUGAGUCAUGACACUAGGACUUGCCCAACUUGGGUAGGGACGCAUCAGAGUCACCGAGACAGCCAACGUGAACCUAUCCGGCGACGGGAAGAUGGUGGAGAUCGUAGAGGAAGGAAAGCUCCACAGGGGGAAAUUGCACAACCUCUGCGAAUCGGGAGCAUACUACGGCUCCAUUGGAGAAAGUCGGGGAGGACUCUGGUCGGAAUAGGCAAGGGGCAAAGAUGCCAAAGCUUCGUUCGGUGGUGGUGGCUCAGAAGGCGGAGGAGGGACAGCUCCGGCGAACAGAGGUCUCGACGGGCCAGCGAAUUUCUGGUUCGCGCUUCCGAGGGACAAGGAGAUCCCGAUGGUAGUGGAGAACAUUUCUAG